AUGAUUCCAUACGUCGCAAAGACAAAAGUCAGUGCGACCAGAAAACUGCCUUCCCCAAGCUAUGAAGCUCGAGGUGCCUGGGUUCACGACAACGCGUGGUGCCAAGAACGCUCUCAAGAAGAUGCAAGGUCUCGCUGGGCUGGAUAUAUACUUGUUCCCCGACGUCAGCACUUCCAUAGAUGUGACGAUGCGUGCAAUUAUACCUUCUUGGACGUCCUCGACCCAGCUGCUAGCACUACUGGCGAUCAUGACGGUGAUGGCGUGCAGGCAGGGAGUGGUGAAGAAGUUACGCAUACCAGACGACCAGAGUCCAGCUUCAGGCGGCAAAAGUUUCUACCGCUAGAGCUGCGAAAGCUCGUGUAUGGCUACCUGAUACAAACUGAAUGCACAUUUUACUUUUCCGCCCUGGACUACAUAGCGGGAUACAAUGGUCAACACACCGCGACACUGACCAAGAUCAUGCCUCCUGGCUCACUGGUACACGAUCGCAUUACCCUGCUGCUCUCCACCAGCCAACAAAUUCAAGCCGAAUGCUAUGCUAUGCUCUACGGCGAAAACACCUUCGUGUUCCGUGAGGCGACUACUCCUAUCAACGAGACUGUACUCGUGAGCGAUUAUGCUAAUCGACUGGAUGUCUGGACCAAAGUAUUCAAGGACGUCACGCCUGAUCCACUAUGGCCUCUUACUUCCCUUACUUUGCCCCAUGUAAAGUCGAUCAGGCUGCUGCUGUUUGCAAAAGACGGAUCUCAUGCUGCGAACUUCAAGGGUUUGAAGUUGAGGGUCGACCAUCUUGCUCGACUGCUGUCUCAAUGUCGUAAGCUGAGGACCCUCGAUGUUACUUUGAGUCGAAGACGAGAGGUGUGCGUUUCACAUCCGUACCGCGGCCAGCCUGUCUCUAUGCUUACCGAGCUAGCCCAUGACAUGUCCAUCAGUGUGGACGAGAUGGCGGGGUCGAUAUUCCUAGGGCCGUCUGAGCGCGGAUUCGCCUGGGACUCUACACCCGAGCAGAAGCAGUAUGUCCUCGAGCCACUCCGACAUCUGUACGGUAUCAAGGAAGUCACUAUCAAUGGUUUCGUUGAGCCGGACUUCGCUGCUCGUCUAAGUUCUGUAAUGAUGAGUGAUGAGCGUGCUGAUCUUCCUACUUUACCGGCUGUUGGAGCUACAAAGCUGGCUAGGAGAAAAAUGCCAGGCCGUGCUAAGAAGAAGUUGACUCAGCAGGCGGUCUUGAAGUAUUGGGAGCCCACAUUGGAAUGGGAAGCUAUCAUGUUAAUCGAGACGGCGGUUUCUUGA